AUAAAGCCAAAAACUCAAGAGUAGGCGCACAUGCAUUUUCCUCGCCUCUGCCCACCGACAUUACCAUAUACCAACUAAGAAGAUUUUGAGCGCCUUUGCUUCUGGUAUACAAGGUAUGAGCGCUUACCUUCCCCUAAGAACUAGUUUCUGAAACAAUGGCGACCAUAGGCGGGUAAGAUCGGAAGGCAUAUUGCAGAGGAGAUUUUGGGGUUUCUGUCACCACUGCAGUCACUGAAGAGAUGGAGAUUACCGUAAAGGGAUCAAGCCUAGUACGCCCUGCUAAAGAAACGCCCAAAGAGAGCCACAAGGUCUCAAAUCUGGACAUGGUGAUGGCACCAUAUUAUGCCACCCAGGUGUACUUCUACAAACCAAAUGGUUCUUCAGAUUUCUUUAAAGGGCAAGUGCUUAAGGAGGCUUUAAGCAAGACUCUUGUGCCAUUUUACCCCAUGGCUGGGAGGUUGGGAAGUGAUGAAAAUGGUAGGUCCGAGAUAAUAUGCAACGCAGAGGGAGUUCUAUGGGUAGAAGCUGAAACUACUUGUGCUGUGGAUGACUUGGGAAAUUUUGCUCCUAGCUUAAAACUCCGGCAACUAGUUCCAACAGUUGAUUACUCGAAAGAUACCUUCUCUCACCCGCUGUUUAUUGGCCCAGGUAACUGUUUUCAAAUGCGGUGGAGUCUCUCUUGGAAUACGAAUUCACCACAAUUUUGUAGAUGGCACAACUUCCCUUCACCUCAUCAACAGUUGGUCCGAGAUAGCAAGAGGCUUGCCCCUAAUCAGCAGGGCGCCACUUAUUGACAGAACCCUUCUCCGAGCACGAGUGCCACCAACCCCUAAAUUUCAUCAUACUGAAUAUGAUCCACCUCCUCCCUUAAACACCUCAAUGUCAAUCUUCAAAUCUCACGCUAAUCCUAAACCCUUAUCUGUAUCUGUUUUUAAGAUCACACUCAAUCAACUUAAUACCCUAAAAGCCAUGUCAUUCAAGAAUGAAAAUUCAACUAAGUACAGCACCUACACUAUACUAGCUGCAUAUAUAUGGCGUUGUGCCUGUAAAGCUCGAGGCCUCUUGGAUGAUCAACCAACCAAGUUAUACAUGCCAACAAAUGGACGCCCCAGACUACAUCCUCCCCACCCAUCAGCCUACCUGGGCAAUGUGAUAUUUACGGCUUCAUCUAUUGCUCUGUCUGGAAAUCUCUAAUCAGAACCAUUUAUGAACACCAUAGAGCGAAUUCAUGGA